GAAAGUCGUCGCUUAAAUGAUGACGCAUUUCCGGGUUUGUGUAGUUUAUUGUAACACGUGGAAAUCUACAGUGGACUAAAACUCUGUUAUAUUUCAUUAUUUGCAGUACUAGGACUGUCCCGGAGUAAUCGAUCACAAUGGUCAAGCCAAAAUUCAAGGGAAAAAGCUCCAUAAAUCCCUCAAACUCCAGCAGUAAUCCCGACCGGGUCAAGGGAGCUGGAGGGAAUAACAUGAGGGACCGUGCUACCAUCAAACGGUUGAAUAUGUACAGGCAGAAGCAGAGAUGCAACAGUCGAGGUAAGGUGAUCAAGCCCUUGCAGUACCAGAACACAGUUGCUUCUGGAACUGUGGCCAGAGUUGAGCCCAACAUCAAGUGGUUUGCCAAUACACGUGUUAUCAAGCAGUCAUCCUUACAGAAAUUCCAGGAAGAGAUGAACGCGGUAAAGAAAGAUCCGUACCGAGUAGUGAUGAGACAGACUAAGCUACCGAUGUCCUUGCUGCAUGACCGAAUAAAAGCACAUAACUCCAAGGUGCACAUUCUGGACACAGAGACGUUUGAAACCACGUUUGGGCCAAAGGCACAAAGAAAGAGGCCCAUCUUGUCUGUGGGAGAGCUGAAGGACUUUGCUGAACAGGCAGAGGUCUCUGCUCAGAGCUACAGUGCUGACAAAGACCGUGAUUUGGUGUCUGAGGACAGCGGAGUCAAGGAAGAGGCUCGGGAGGAAAUCUUUAAGAAAGGGCAGUCAAAGAGGAUCUGGGGCGAGCUUUAUAAGGUGAUCGACUCUUCAGACGUCAUUAUCCAGGUGCUAGAUGCUCGGGACCCUAUGGGCACUCGUUCCCAGAGCAUUGAGUCCUACCUGAAGAAAGAGAAACCUUGGAAACACCUAAUCUUUGUGCUCAAUAAGUGUGACCUCAUUCCCACAUGGGUCACGAAACGCUGGGUUGCAGUUCUUUCUCAGGAACACCCCACUUUGGCCUUUCAUGCCAGCCUUACCAACUCCUUCGGCAAGGGCUCCCUUAUUCAGCUCCUGCGGCAGUUUGGCAAGCUCCACUCAGACAAAAAGCAGAUCAGUGUUGGCUUCAUUGGUUACCCCAAUGUUGGAAAGAGCUCUGUUAUCAAUACCCUGCGCUCCAAAAAAGUCUGUAACGUGGCACCCCUUGCUGGUGAGACAAAGGUCUGGCAGUAUAUCACACUAAUGAGACGCAUUUUUCUCAUCGACUGUCCUGGCGUCGUCUAUCCCUCCGACGACAGUGAGACUGACAUUGUGCUGAAGGGAGUGGUUCAAGUGGAGAAGAUCCGAAAUCCAGAGGAUCACAUUGGAGCGGUGCUGGAGAGGGCCAAAGCAGAGUACAUCCAGAAGACAUACCGCAUUCCGUCCUGGAGCUCUGCUGAGGAUUUCCUGGAAAAGUGUUGUCUGAUAUUUUACAGAAUUCCUAAAGGCCUUUCUGAGAAGGUGUUCAAUGAAACCAUAGCAAAGCAGAAUGGUGCAAAGAAUGAGCAACAGAAAGCUGUGAAUGCGGGUAAAAAGAGGAAAGCUCUGGAAGAUGAGCCUGCACCACCUUCCAAACUCACAUCUAAAGAGAAAAGAAGACUGGAGCGUGCCCAGAAAGUGAAGAAAGUGGGGGUCCGCUAUUAUGAGACGCACAAUGUCAAGAACAAGAAUAAGAACAGAAAAAUGCCCUCGGAUGGCAAGAAAGCCAAACGAGCUAAGCGAUAAUACCUGGCCAGAUACCCAGUCACAUCAAUCCGUUUCCAAGGUCAAGUCGGUGGCUAGGUUGGAACAUCUGGUGUGGAAUCACGGUGAUUUGUGAAAAAGUGAAGGUUUGGUUGAUCUGUGAUGCAGUCUUUCCAAUGCACUUUAUUCAUACUGUGGCACCAGCCAUCGUCCUGAACAUUAUGACUACAACUAAUUCAUUUCAGUACAGUGCAUUUUCAGAGCUUUUAACUUAAGUCAAUGUCCUGAUUCUGCAGUGUUGAAAUGUGGAUCAUGUACCUGUUUAUCUACAUAUGUCCUUUUUCUUUUAAUUGGAGGAAAAAAAUAAAUACUCAGAACAGA